AACAGAGUGAGCGACAGAGGGAACUCAGAGAUGGAAAUCGAAGAAGAGGCUAAAGAAACUGAUACAAGAACAGAAGAGUCGACAUCCAUAGAAGAAACAGAGGAACAAGAUACGGAUUUGAGGAGGAGGGAAUCUUAUGGAAGGACUGAUGGGAGACGAGAAAGAGAUCCAAGAUCCUCGGGAGAGAAGAAGGAGAAUGCAACUCAGACGAGUGAGUAUCCAGCUCGCAACGGUGUAGCAGAUUGUUACUUUUACCUGAAAAACGGUCGUUGUGGCUAUGGACUAAGUUGCAGAUUCAACCAUCCACCGAUGAGACAUGAAAUGGUGCAACCGAGUCCCUAUCCAGGUGCAAGAGAUUGUAGACAAUAUUUACAAACUGGGCAGUGUAGCUAUGGACCUAAGUGCCGAUUCAACCAUUCUCCUGCACCGGUGCUUCCGGAGAGGGUUAGCCUAGGUGCAAUAGAUUGUAAACAAUAUCUACAAACUGGGCGGUGUAGCUAUGGACCUAAGUGCCGUUUCAACCAUCCUCCUGCACCGGUGCUUCCACAGUGGGUUAGCCGGCAGAAUUGUAAGUUCUUUCAAAAAGGAAGUUGUACGUACGGCUCAGGUUGUAAAUUUACGCAUUCAAUGAGUGGGGAUGGUGCAGAAACUAUGCGUCAGGAUACAACUUGGGGUAAGAAAAGACACGGAGCAAAUUCAAGCGCUAGGCCAUGGAAGAGGGAGAGGCAGCAAGCUCAUUACCUGGAGGAACAGAAACAAAAGAAGAGGAAGGUGGACAAUUUGAGAAUUGGCCCAUCUGUUCAAUCCGGGGAAGGAGGGAUUCAAACGGAACAGAGAUUGGAGGAGAUUCCAGAGAAUAGCAACGUUAACGCUCAAGAGAAUCUACAAGAACAGGCAGAUAUGGAGAGGCAGAACAGAGAGGCUCAAGAGAAAGCGCAGGAGGAACGUAGACAACAGAUAGAUAAUGCUAGGAGGGAGUCUCGUUUGCGUCUUGAGCGGAUGAAACCCAGAGCUCUUACCAGUAACGUGGAUCAGCUCAGAGAGGCAUUACCAGAUAUUGGGAUUGACAGAAAAGAGGGCGAUGGCUUUUAGGAGGAAAACACACCAAAGAAAACUCUCUGAUCGCAAGAUAACUAUGUGUUAGGAAGAUUUAUAGGUCAAGCUUUUUCGUAGUUUCAUCCUUGUGACUGUUCAUUGUUAUUGUUUUGAUCAAAAAUAACAGCUAAGUACGGUUCCGAAAGGCAAUCAUAUUAAUAUGAAAAAUGAUCUUUU